GGGACUCAGGUAGAAAAACGUGGCGGCAUCGCAUCCGUUGACCGAGCAUACUUUAGAUGAAGAAGCAAUCUGUACCAAGGUAUUGACCACAUGUGAUUGUUUACCUGGACCACCAUAAUUCUAACGCUGCUACCAGUAAAAACUAGAAACGCUGGACCAGAGCAACUUAGCUCACCCUUUACGGCGUCCGACCGGCGAGUCCACCAAUUACCGGGGCGGGUAAUUUUCAUUCGCAUUUGGAUUAUUGAAUGCUUCAUGGAAGAAGUGUCUCUUAGCGGUGAGCAAGUACUUGAUGGUGAAUGCAGUUUGAUUCAGAAGGAUAGGAAUGGUGUAGUGGCAGAAUUAGAUAGUCAAAAUGGUGCCACUGAAGGAAGAAAAGAAUUUGUUCCACCGGCUGUGGGAAUGGAGUUUGAGUCUUAUGAUGAUGCUUAUAACUAUUAUAAUUGCUAUGCCAAAGAAGUGGGGUUUCGUGUUAGAGUAAAAAACUCAUGGUUCAAGAGGAAUAGCAGAGAGAAAUAUGGUGCUGUACUUUGUUGUAGCAGCCAGGGAUUCAAGAGGAUUAAAGAUGUUAAUCGUCUGAGAAAGGAAACAAGAACAGGGUGUCCUGCAAUGAUAAGGAUGAGGUUAGUGGACUCUACGAGAUGGAGGAUACUUGAGGUUACACUUGAACACAACCACUUGUUAGGUGCUAAGAUCUAUAAGUCCAUUAAGAAGAUGGGCAGUGGAACCAAAAGGAAAUCACAGUCAAGUUCUGAUGCUGAAGUACGAACAAUCAAGUUGUACAGAGCACUUGUCAUAGAUGCUGGGGGUAAUGGGACCUCAAAUUCAAAUACAAGAGAAAUUGAUGUUUUUUCUGGGCAUCCUAAUCGGCUCAACCUUAAAAAAGGCGAUACACAAGCCAUCUAUAAUUACUUCUGCCGUAUGCAGUUGACUAAUCCAAACUUCUUUUACUUGAUGGAUCUCAACAAUGAAGGGCGGUUAAGGAAUGUUUUCUGGAUUGAUGCAAGGUCAAGGGCUGCAUGUGGUUAUUUUAGUGAUGUCCUAUAUUUCGACAACACAUACUUGUCAAACAAAUUUGAGAUCCCACUUGUGGCAUUUGUUGGAAUAAAUCAUCAUGGCCAAUCAGUGUUGUUAGGUUGUGGCCUGCUGGCAGCAGAGACGGCAGAGUCUUAUGUUUGGUUGUUUAAAGCUUGGCUUACUUGCGUGUCAGGACGCUCUCCUCAAACUAUUGUUACUGACAGGUGCAAGGCUUUGCAGAGUGCAAUUGCAGAGGUGUUUCCAAGAUGUCAUCAUCGUUUUGGUUUGUCACAUAUCAUGAAAAAGGUUCCAGAAAAAUUGGGAGGAUUACGAAAUUAUGAUGCCAUCAGAAAGGCAUUGGUUAAAGCAGUUUAUGAAUCUUUGAAGGUGAUUGAAUUUGAAGCUGCAUGGGGGUUUAUGAUCCAGCGUUUUGGAGUUGGUGAUCAUGAGUGGCUUCGCUCUUUAUAUGAAGACAGAGUUUGGUGGGUCCCUGUUUAUUUGAAGGACACAUUUUUUGCUGGAAUGUCUGCUGCACGACCAGGAGAGACCCUAAAUCCAUUUUUUGAUAGAUACGUGCACAAACAGACUCCAUUGAAGGAGUUUCUGGACAAGUAUGAAUUAGCUCUACAAAAGAAGCACAAGGAAGAAGCCCUUGCAGAUAUAGAGUCAAGAAACUUGAACCCCACAUUGAAAACAAGGUGUUCUUUUGAGCUUCAGCUCUCAAAAGUUUUCACGAAAGAAAUAUUUAAGAAGUUCCAAUUUGAAGUGGAAGAGAUGUAUUCUUGUUUUAGUACCACACAGUUACACGUUGAUGGGCCAAUCAUAAUAUUUCUGGUGAAAGAGCGUGUUACGGGUGAGGCAAAUAGAAGGGAGAUCAGAGAUUUUGAAGUUCUGUGCAAUAGAACAGCCGGAGAGGUUCGUUGCAUCUGCAGUUGCUUCAACUUCCAUGGAUAUCUAUGCCGGCAUGCACUGUGUGUGCUUAACUUUAACGGUGUGGAGGAGAUCCCUUCUAGAUAUGUACUGUCAAGAUGGAAAAAAGAUUACAAGCGACUAUAUAUUCAUGAUCAUGCUUCGAAUAAUGUUGAUAUUACUGACAGGGUGCAAUGGUUUAAUCAGUUGUAUAGAAGCGCUUUGCAAAUUGUAGAAGAGGGUGUGAUUUCUCUUGAACAUUACAAGGUUGCACUGCAAACUUUUGAAGAGUCGUUGAAUAGGGUUCAUGAUGUAGAAGUGAAGCAUGAAUACCAAUUAUUAUGGUUAACAGAGAAAGGCACAGUGUCCAAAUCUAAAGGGGAAACACAAAAAUAUAUGGAUGAAGUUUCUCUCAACACUGAACCAGUAGGUGAUGAUGAUGCGGAUGGCUUUGAGAUUGAAGGAGACUGUGCCAUGACAGAUUAUGUAGGUCAAAGCGGCAUAAUUCAAGGAGAGAAUCCUCUGCCUCCUGUUGUUGGGAUGGAGUUUGAAUCAUAUGAUGAUGUAUAUUACUUCUACAAUUGCUAUGCCAAGGAACAGGGAUUUGGAGUUAGAGUAAGCAAUACAUGGUAUAGAAAGAGUAAAGAAAGAUAUAGAGGAAAACUUAGCUGCAGUAGUGCAGGUUUUAAAAAGAAAAGUGAAGCAAACCGCCCAAGACCAGAAACAAGAACUGGUUGCCCAGCAAUGAUAAAGUUUAGAUUAAUGGACAGCAAAAGAUGGAGAAUUAUUGAAGUUGAACUUGAGCACAACCACUUGAUUAGCCCCGCAAGUGGAAAAUUCUAUAAAUCCCAUAAAAAUGUGGGUCUUGGAACCAAAAGAACUCUACAGUUAGAUGGCCCUGAAGAAGUCCAAAAAAUUAGGCUAUUUCGGACAGUGAUCGUUGACGCUGAAGCCAAUGGAAGCAUAGAUGUUGAUGUCCAAGAAUCUGGAAAUAAUGUUGAUUACUCCAAUCAAUUGAAGCUAAAAGAAGGAGAUGCCCAUGCUGUUCAGAAUUUCUUCUGUCGCUUGCAAUUGAUGGAUCCAAACUUCUUUUAUGUGGUGGAUCUCAAUGAGAAAGGAUGCUUGAGAAAUUUGUUUUGGGCAGAUGCAAGGACUAGGGCUGCAUACAGUUAUUUUGGUGAUGUAGUUUCCAUUGACACUACAUGCUUGUCAAACAAAUAUGAAGUUCCACUGGUCUCAUUUAUUGGAGUAAAUCACCACGGACAAUCUGUGCUGUUGGGUUGUGGUUUACUUGCUGGUGAGACAACUGAAUCGUAUACGUGGUUUUUCAGGGCAUGGCUUACAUGUAUGUUAGGACGCCCUCCUCAAGCCAUCAUUACUGACCGAUGUGUAAUUCUGCAAGCCGCUAUUGCUGAUGUUUUCCCUAGAGCUUCUCUUUGUCUUUGUUUAUCACAUAUUAUGCAAAAAGUUCCUGAGAAGCUGGAAGGGUUAUUUGAGUAUGAAGCAAUUCAGGUAGCUUUAAACAGGGCAGUUUACCACUCAAUGAAGACUGAGGACUUUGAAGCAGUUUGGGAGGAUAUGAUCCAGCAUCAUGGUAUUGGGGAUCAUAAAUGGCUUCAAGCAUUAUAUGAAGAUAGGAAACGGUGGGUUCCAGUCUAUCUGAAGGAGGUAUUUUUGGCAGGUAUGUUUCCCAUUGAACCAAGUGAGGUUGUCUCAUCAUUUUUUGAGGUAUAUUUGGAGAAGCAUACUCCUUUAAAAGAAUUUCUAGACAAGUAUGAUCAAUCUCUGCAGACCCAUUAUCACCUUGAAGCCUUGGCAGAUUUGGACUCAAGAAAUUCGAGUUUUAUGCUGAAAUCAAGAUGUUAUUUUGAGUUGCAGCUCUCAAAAUUAUACACUAAUGACAUACUACGCAAGUUUGGAAAGGAAGUGGAGGGAAUGUAUUCUUGUCUCUGCACAAGACAAUUGAAUGUCGAUGGGCCAAUCAUUACAUACAUUGUCAAGGAACAAAUUGAAGUUGAGGGACACAGUAGGGAGACAAGAGAUUAUGAGGUUUUCUAUAAUCCAUCAGAUAUGGAAGUCCUUUGCGUUUGUGGGAUCUUCAACUUCAGAGGAUAUUUAUGCAGGCACUCGAUGGCAGUCCUCAGCCAAAAUGGCAUGGAGGAAAUCCCACCUCAAUACAUCCUUUCACGAUGGAGAAAAGAUAUACACCGGAAUUAUGUUGUUGAACACGGCAAUAGAGGGAUUGAUAUCAAUAACCCAGUUCACAGGUAUGACCAUCUAUAUAAAUGCACUGUGCAAGUUGUAGAGGAAGGUAGGAAAUCAGAGGACCGAUACAAGGUUGCAUUGCAGGCGUUGGAUGAGAUAAUGAAUAAGCUACGGAUAACAGAAGAAGAUGAUGGUCAGAUGGUGUAAGUAAUUGGUAAUUUGGAAUACAAGGGACGAGAGAUCUUUUAUAGCUAGUUCAUUUGUACGAAGCAAUAUGAUCUUGUUCGCUUGGUUUUUCAAUUUGUUACCACUUUGUUUAUGAAAAUGAAAAGCUACGAAGCUAAGCAGCAAAACUGUACAGUAGAAAGUAACUUCUGAAUACUAUUAGUCUGAUAAAAUCACCUUCUAGUCCUGUGAGAAAA